CGGCGCCGACCUGCUGGCCCUGAACUCCGACGGGAACAUGCCCUACGACCUGUGCGAGGACGAGGCCACGCUGGAUUUCCUGGAGAGCGCCAUGGCCGAGCAGGGGAUCACCCAGGAGAGGAUCGAGGAGGCCCGGGCCGCCACGGAGCGCUCCAUGAUCCGGGAGAUCCGCGAGCUGGCGCGGGCGGGCGCCGACCUGGACACGCCGCGGGGACACGGGGCCACCCUGCUCCACGUGGCAGCAGCCAACGGGUUCCUGGAAGCGGCCGAGCUGCUCCUGGAGCACCGCGCCGGCACCCACUGCCGGGACGAGGACGGCUGGCAGCCCCUCCACGCCGCGGCCUGCUGGGGACAGGUGCAGCUGGUGGAGCUGCUGGUGGCCCACGGCGCCGACCUGGGCGCCAGAUCCCUGCUGGACGAGACGCCCCUGGACGUGUGUGGUGACGAGGAGGUGCGGGCCAAGCUGCUGGAGCUGAAGCACAAGCACGCGGCCGUCAUGAAAUCCCAGGAGAAGCACAAAUCCCUCCUCCAGCGGCGCACGUCCAGCGCCGGCAGCCGAGGGUGG